GAACUAUAGCAGUAGUAAUAUUUUAGUAAACCAAGUCAAGUUAAUUUUCUUUUCAAUUUCAAAUUGGUUUGUUUACAACUUAAAGUACACGCAUGCGUAACGCUAAAUUGACUGGUAUUUUAAAUACGGCUAAAUACGGAAAAAUCCGACAGUUUAACUUUUGACAGUUAGUAUAAACAAUCCAUAAGGUUUACGAAAACAAAAUGGCGCUUGCCAGGAGUGAUCAAAUAAGUAAAAUAGUACUAUGGUGAAGAAAAGAAUACAUUGAUGAGAUUAUAAAAGAAGAGAUGCCAAAAGGAAGAAAAAAAAAAUCAGACAGAGAUGAAUUUGAAGGUAGACCAGCUGGCUUAACCUUUGCAGCAUUUUUACCAGAAUCAGCUGUUCGUGAAGAAACGAGAAACGGUGAAAAAAACGGUGCAGCGUCCAUCAAUAACAAAGAGGAUGACAGUAUAACAGAAAUGAAUGACAGCACUCCAGAAUUUACCGUACGCCGAACAAAAAAGGGAAAACUACCAAUCUCGUACGAGAAUCGCUCUAAAGGGAAAAAAGUGACAGUGAUAGCGAACGUCAGUGGGAACGCUGAUGCGCUGCUUGCCGAGCUGAAGAAACGUCUAGGUGUAGGAGGAGUUUCUCGAGGCACUUAUAUAGAGCUACAAGGAAAUCAAAUGGUUUUCGUUGAGAAAUUUUUUGAAGGACACCCCUGUUUGAAAUGAAAAAAUUUUGGAAAUUUACUUCAGUGAAAUAUUACUCAAGUGUCAUUUAUUUGUUUACAUAUGUAUGAAUAAUUGUAUGUCUAAGUCAUCUUUUAUUUUCCAACGAUAAAUUGUAAGGUAAAAAUGUUCAAUGAAACAGUUCAAUAUAAUUUAUGUGAACGUUUA